AUGGACAGGCUGCACUCCUCCAUGCGUAAAAGGCUCUAUAGUUUGCCACAGCACAUUGGACAUAAAGCAAUGGGGGAAGGAGAAGACGCAGACAAGGACACCCGGAGGAAGAGUAUCAGGAUGAAGCCUUUGCCGUCGCCGACCUCUGGGGGAAGCUGCAAAGGCAUCGGCGAGACCAAAAGUGGGGAGUCCGUGAUCAUGGAGACGGACAUGGGGAGACCACUGAAGACUAGCUCAAAUGGGGACUGCCGGAGAUUUCGAGGCAGCCUCUCGUCCAUCACCAGUCGGCAUGCGCAUGACUCUGACUCGGCCGAGGCGAGACGCCUCAUCACCGAAGGGGAUGUCACCCCGAGCGAAGAGAGCCCCCCUGGGGCGAUCGGCGACGAGCAGCCGGGUGAAGGUGUAUUGGGUGCCAGCGGUGGCGCCCAAACCGACCCUCCAGACCAGCAGGCGGGUUUUAUAAAGUUGGAAGGCAUUGAUCAAAUUCUACCGGACGACGCUGGAUUAUAUCAAGCCGGGUUCAUACACAGGCAGCUGGGAGCAAUGCUUCAACCUGGGGUCAACAAGUUCUCCCUGAGGAUGUUUGGAAGUGAGAAGGCGGUCGAACGAGAGCAAGAGCGAGUCAAAUCGGCCGGAUUUUGGAUAAUUCACCCAUACAGUGAUUUCAGGUUUUACUGGGACCUGACCAUGCUGCUGCUGAUGGUCGGCAACCUCAUCAUCAUCCCCGUGGGCAUCACGUUCUUCAAGGACGAGCACACACCCCCAUGGAUCGUUUUCAAUGUUGUCUCAGAUACAUUCUUCCUCAUGGACCUGGUCCUCAACUUCAGGACAGGCAUAGUCAAAGAAGAUAACACGGAGAUCGUCCUGGAUCCCCAGCAGAUCAAGAUCAAAUACUUACGGAGCUGGUUUGUGGUAGAUUUCAUAUCCUCCAUCCCUGUGGACUACAUCUUCCUCAUUGUGGAGACGCGCAUUGACUCGGAUUUCUACAAGACAGCGCGCGCUUUGCGCAUUGUACGCUUUACAAAGAUCCUCAGCUUGCUGCGACUCCUGCGACUGUCCCGACUCAUUCGUUAUAUCCACCAGUGGGAAGAGAUCUUCCACAUGACCUAUGACCUGGCCAGUGCCAUGGUGCGGAUAGUCAACCUCAUCGGUAUGAUGCUGUUGCUCUGUCACUGGGAUGGCUGCCUGCAGUUCCUGGUGCCCAUGCUGCAGGACUUCCCAGCUGACUGCUGGGUGUCCAAAAAUAAGAUGGUGAACGACACGUGGGGACAGCAGUACUCUUACGCACUUUUCAAAGCUAUGAGCCACAUGUUAUGCAUUGGGUACGGCAUGUACCCCCCAGUGGGCAUGACAGACGUCUGGCUGACCAUUCUUAGCAUGAUUGUGGGCGCUACUUGUUACGCCAUGUUUGUGGGCCACGCCACUGCACUCAUCCAGUCUCUGGACUCAUCUCGGCGCCAGUACCAGGAGAAGUACAAACAGGUGGAGCAGUACAUGUCCUUCCACAAGCUGCCUGCAGAUAUGAGGCAGAGAAUCCACGACUACUACGAGCACCGCUACCAGGGGAAGAUGUUCGACGAGGAGAGCAUCCUGGGGGAGCUCAAUGAGCCGCUCAGAGAGGAAAUCAUCAACUUUAACUGUCGAAAGCUAGUGGCUUCAAUGCCCCUGUUUGCCAAUGCCGACCCCAACUUUGUCACUUCCAUGCUUACCAAGUUGAAGUUUGAGGUCUUUCAGCCUGGCGAUUACAUCAUCAGAGAGGGAACUAUUGGCAAGAAAAUGUUCUUCAUUCAACAUGGGGUUGUGAGCGUCCUCACCAAAGGCAACAAAGAGACCAAGCUUUCAGAUGGCUCCUACUUCGGGGAGAUUUGUUUGCUCACACGAGGCAGGAGGACAGCCAGUGUCCGAGCCGACACAUACUGCCGUUUGUACUCUCUCUCUGUGGACAACUUCAAUGAGGUUCUUGAGGAGUAUCCUAUGAUGAGAAGGGCCUUUGAGACUGUUGCCCUGGACCGACUGGACCGAAUCGGGAAGAAAAAUUCCAUUCUUCAACACAAGGUACAACAUGAUCUCAGCUCAGGGGUACUCAACUACCAAGAGAAUGAAAUCAUCCAGCAGAUUGUGCAACAUGACAGGGACAUGGCCCACUGCGCCCACCUCAUGCAGAACGCUCCCCCACAGACGCCCCCAUCACCAACCCCUGUCAUCUGGGCCCCCCUAAUCCAGGCACCUCUCCAGGCUGCUGCUGCCACCACCUCAGUAGCCAUUGCAUUGACACAUCAUCCCCACCUCCCACCAACACUCUUCAGACCUCCACCAUCUGUUCUCAGUUCUCUAAAGGACCCAUCUACCAGACUUCGAAAGUUCCAACCAUUUGUUUCAUCAUCCACAGCACCUGGCUCUUCUGGGGAUUCUCUCUCUAGCACACCCACUAAGCUAUGCUCUGGGGUGGACAUGUCAUUGCUUGCCUCUUUUCGGGCUCAGCAUAUGACGUCUGGUUCUGGAACAAUUGGCUCAACCCGGCAAGGCUCUGGCUUGGGAAGCCAGCGGGGACCUAAUGGAACUGGGUCUGUGUCAGAUGAAGGGGGGACCAACGUCUUCCCUUUUGGUCAACACUCUUCCUCUGGAUCUCCCUCUUCUAGUAUGGCACAACUUCACCCACAACCACAGCAUCAACAACCCUUUCGAUCCAGCACCCCACCCCUUUCAAAUCUCUUCCACCAAGCACCUGUAGGUGGAAGCACAGGGUCAGGACUAAGUGGAGGAGCAGUUGGGGCAUGUGGGGGUGCUACAGGGUGGUCUUCUGGAUGUGCAGUUGGAAGUUCUGUUGAAGGAGCCUCUGGUGGAGACACUACUUGGGCUGGGGAGGACUUCACAACUGGUGUAACAGACAUUACUUCUAGGGGGCACUUUCACUUCAAAGGAGCCACUGAUGGAUCUAUACAUGGAAAUACAGGGGAUAUAGUGGGAGGAGUAUUAGAAGGCUCAAUGAGAGCAACUUGUGGUAGGUUCACGAGUGGAGCAUCCAGUGCAUCAGGAUCGGGUGUCGCAUGUGGUUUAAUACAGGACAAAACCAAGAGAUCACUAGGAGAAACUUCUAGAGUAUCAGCUGAAAGAGCUUCCAGAGGAUCAAUGAGUGGGACUUCACGAGAAUCACUGGUAUUUACAAACCCUGGGGGAUCAUUAGGGAAGAUCAGUGAUGGGUCAUUGGGAUCUGUUUUUGAUGGGGCCUGUGGGGGAACAUUUGGAGGAUUUUCCGUUGAAAUGGCAAUGGGGAAUUCGGCAGCAUUGCUAGGGAGAUCUUCCACUGGAUCAGUGAGUAGCCAUAUAGUAGGAGCCUCGAAUGAGCCAGGAGAAACUGCUAUUGGAGGACAUACUGGAAGAAUGAUAGGAUGUUCAUUAGGAAAUCAGAUAACUUCUACAACUUCACCUGGUUUACCUCCAAGUGGAAUUACAGCAGGACUUGUUGGGUCCUCCUUUUGUCAGAGUCCUUUAUCUACCAGUCCAUCCAAUCUUAUGUCUAGUCAGAUUCUCCCUAACCAACCACAUCCCAAGCCUCUGCAGCAGUUUGCUGGAGGAGGUAGGACUACCAGUGGCAUAAACCUCUUCCAAUCACCCUCACAAGGCUCCCCAUCUUGUGUUAGAGGACAGGAAAGUCAGCAGGCUGCUGCUGGUUCCCCACCUUCCAUCAGCCACUUUAGCCUGACAGGCCUCCAGUCUGGCUGCUCGCUUCAACAGAUGUCACUGGAGAAGUCUGCAUUGGCUUCCUUGGCUCAGUAUGGUUCAGCAAACGCCUCUCCUUGCCUUACCCCAGUAGCACGCAGUCCUACAGUACAAAGUCCAGUGGCAGGCAGGACUUUUCAAUACAGUGACCCUUCAAGUGUUGCGGGAUCCCACAGUUCUUUGCUCAUGCCUCAGUCUCCUCUCUUUUCACAACUUCCCAGCCUGCCACAAACAGCUGGGAGAGAUUCUCCUCUAGCUCCAUUUUCUGAGGACCUAAAAGGUUUAUCCAGCUCACGCCCAUCUUUACCCCAGGAGGUGACGCCUGCCCUGGGCCACCAAACCCCUUGCUCCUCUGUGGAAUAUAACCCCUCGCCAUUUUCCUCACCAACUCUUGUACCCAAACCCUGUAGCUCAAUACCGGGGCACAUGACUCCUCCAAAACAGGAGUCUCCGGGGACCCUUCACCAGACUCAUUCCCCUAGAUCAUCUCCAGCACCCCCUCCACAGAGGGGCUCUGGUGCCUGCUUGUCAGACCUAGAACCUCAAACUGCUCGAUCUAAACUUCCUUCUAAUUUGUGAGGAUCGAUCACACCCUCCUCUGCUCCCCUGAAAUGAAACACACAACUAGCAGUACUCAUGAGAUCCUUUUAUGUCGUCAGACUUCAUUGUUUUCCACUUCUCAUGUUACCAGGAUUUUGAAUUUGCUGUGAAUCCAAAAUAUUUUACCAGGAAACUCAGAGCUGUAGACUACUCCUUAUUUGUUUAAUGCAUUGUUGUUUUUAUUCAUAUAUGCUGUAUAUAGGGAGAUAUAUUAACUUAUUGGUUCAUGAAGGGACUGGGAGGGUGUGAAAGUGAUCUCAAAGACAGUCCUUUUCUUUAUUUGUAAGACUAUGCCAAAUUCAUCUCAUACUAUUUUGGAAGGGAAUCAAUGGAAUACCUAAAAGUGUUUUUUUAUUGCAGGAACCUAUGCACUAACACCUGCAUGUAUAAAGGCUUUUGUGUGUUUUAAGAUGUAACUAUCAAAGAUUUUUAGCUCAAAAGACAUGAUGUGAGACACAUUGACCCUUGUACCUUUUCAUUUAGGUUCACAUAUUGUUGAUCCUGAAAUGUAUUUAUUAGAUUGUACUUAUUUAUCCUCUGUAUAAACUUUUCAAAACCUUGAAAGAUGGAGAUGAGAUUUUAGGAUACCAAAAAAGACUUCUCCAAGUCCCACGAUCCCUCUUUUUUACCACUGUGUUGUAGUUACGUGAAAGAGGGGUUUGGUGAGCUACCCUGUGUCUCAGUGUUUCAACAUAAGAGAAUGUGAUGGACGACCUUUCUGCAGAGUCCUCAACCAUAUUCUAAAAAGUUCACCUUGUCUUCCAAGCUGGUGACACUCAAGUGUAUUAAGUUUUUAUUGUUUCUCUUCCGGGCCGUACUCAACUGUUAAUGUGUGUGUGGCAACAAGUGUGAAUAAGUUGGAUGCAAGGGAAGAGUUUUGCCAGACUGAUCAAAAGUAAGUUUGCCUUUUUUAAACUAAACCUAGGACUUCCAAUAACUAGUUUGUGUAAUGCAUUACGUAGCACUCGAAUCAUAAAGAAAUACUUCUACAUUUGAUAGUAUUAAAGCUCUACGGGAAAGUCACAAAGAUUACAAUAAAAACUAGAUUUUUCUCUCACAAUAGGGAUCCACACAAAGUUUCAAAACAACAUAUUAAUUCAACAAAUAGAAUUUAUUAAAUCAGAAAUACAUAAAUGCUUGAACAAAAAUAUUCCACUGACAGUUUAUUUAUUUUAGCAUUACUUCCUCUGGUGUUGCUGCAUAAUGGUCAGCAUGAGUGUGUCUCCUUAGUAAAUUCUACAAGGUGGUACUGAGUUUGAGAUGUUGAAUGCAUGCAUGAUGCUUCCAUUGAAUGCUGUAGCUAUGGUUGGUGCACAGAACGCAAAUUGUCCCUCAGGGGGUUUAAGAAACUGUUCUGUAACUGAAAAGGCAAUUAAUUCCAUAUCGUUGACAAACAAUACCUUCAACAGCUA